GGAAACUGGAGCUAAGAAAUGGAUAUUAAUUGAAACGCGGGGGGGUAGCUACCACCUUAGCUAAGGCUGCUAGGCUGCUAGCAUCUCAGCUAGCGCGGCUGCCCACAGCUGAAUUUGCAGGAACGAUUAACGCGUGAGCACGUGCCAAGACUUCCCGAUCUCCGGGACUUGAUAAGCUUGCAGCUGGCUGCCGCCUGACCCAGUUUGCCCCACGAGCACUUUUCUACUUUCUACCUACCUGUGUACAUACUUUUUUUUAUUUUUAUACACUACGGACGGUCAACAUCAAGGUGAAGAGAGGGUGAGGUGCUUACGGUAACUUAUAAUCCUUCGCGGCCACUCAUGGAAAGCCACCUUCCCAAGUUGAACCACGAUGCUCUCGACGACACGUAAUGGAGUCCCAUUCAGACAUUUAAUAUCUUAUUCGCAAUACCAACUUAGACCGGCGCUGCGACUUACGUCUUCCUCUCCGCAGCGAAUCCAUCGUAUGCGGACUUUCUCUGUGCAAUCUGUCCUUCGAUCGCAUGAACCGCCAACACAAACAGAACCCCCACGUCGUUUUACUUACCAUGCUGCUGCCUCCUUUUCUGCCAAGUACAAAAGUUUCGACCCGACAGCUCAUGUCUUCCACUUCAACCCCUACAACCGAAUCCAGACCCAAAAACGUCCCAAAUCGAAGCGCCCGGCUAGCGGUCAGGAUGCUUUCUUCAUAAGCCGUGUAGGCGAUACAAAUGCGGUCGCAUUCGGUAUCGCCGACGGGGUCGGUGGCUGGGAGGACAGCGGAGUUGAUCCAGCAGAUUUCUCUCACAGUUUCUGCGAUUACAUGGCUUCGGCGGCAUACGAACAUAAGCCAGUCUCGAGCGAAAUUCUGUUGACGGCCAAGUCGCUGAUGCAAAGGGGAUAUGACGACGUAUGCAAAGACAAUUCUAUACACGCAGGCGGCAGCACAGCUUCUAUUGCUAUCGCGAGCGAAGACGGCCAGCUUGAAGUAGCCAACUUGGGUGAUUCAGGUUUCGUACACCUCCGUUUAAAUGCGGUGCAUAGCUAUUCGGAACCGCAGACCCACGCAUUCAACACGCCUUUUCAGUUGUCAAUAGUACCAGCUAGCAUGCUCGCACGCGCCGCCGCGUUCGGCGGAGCCCAGUUGUGUGACAAUCCCAAAGACGCGGAUGUCACACAACAUACGCUUAAACAUGGAGACAUACUUGUCUUUGCGAGUGACGGAGUAUGGGAUAAUUUAUUCAACCAAGAUAUACUCCGGAUCGCUAGCCGACUGAUGGUUGGCAUUGGCGCCUGGAAGGCGAGUGAGGGCGGCAUACUGGUUGCGAAUGACUUGAAGUCAUAUACCCAAGCGGAAGACUCAGUACAGCGGCCAUUGACGCUUCAGAGCGCAUUAGCAGUAGAAAUCGCGGGGGCUGCCAAGAUAGCCAGCACAAACCAACGACUCGACGGGCCGUUUGCCAAAGAAGUUCAAAAAUAUUACCCUCAGGAGAAUUGGCACGGUGGCAAGGUGGACGAUAUAUGUGUCAUCGUCGUAGUCGUAUCCGAGGAUGGGAAGUCAGAAGCGAUCAAGAGCAAGUUAUGAGACUUAGGGCUAAGCCUUGACGAAAGAUAGAGUUUGCAUCAUUAGGCGUUCAAAAAGGGGGAUGAGUCAAUAUUUGCCUACCAGGUCCCGAGCAUUUCGUAUAUACGAUCAGGCAAGGAACGGCAAGGCAAGCUGGCAAGGCAAGAUAAAGAUAGUCUUGUUUCUUGUAUAUUCUUAGUUACGUACGUAUCUAUAACUCUUCUUUUUUAAUCCCCGAGUUGGGGGGGAAGAAUACGGCUCACGCUGGAAAACCACAUUAUACUCUACCUGCACUUCAGACUUGACCUUUGUUAUCCUCUAUAUACUACCCCUUUUGAUUGUCUGUUCUAUUACUAAGGUACUUUCUACUAAUCCAAC